AUGGAUUUAUCGAAAUUGACCCGUCCGGCCAUCCUGUGCCAAUGUUUGCGCUGUUCGAGCUCCCUGGCCGCACUGGAGAAUGAAUGGGCCAAGCUUUCCAACUCUUAUUCCGUCGCAGCAGGAUGGCUAAGCGUCGAACUUCACCGCAUUUCAAUCUCGCCGGAAAAGAAAAAAAUACCACAAUCAUCAGACCUGAGUGUCCUCCGUGGACGUAUCCUGCAAGAGAUCUCCUGCAAGCUCUGCCAGCAGAAAAUAGGUGUGCUGUGUUCGCUAGAUAAUGGUCCUAAUGUCUUCUGGAAGCUAUCAAAGGUCUCGUUCCGGGAAAUCGUGUCCAUGCGCACGGUAGAACCUUCGUUCAAAGAUGGGCUACUCGAGCGCCUGAUCAACCCACCUCAGAAAGAAUCGACCCGACGGGACAGGGCGUCCAUCCAACCCGGAGCCUUGGUACCGGUCGGUUCAUCCGAGAUGGACCAUUAUACCGCAUCCGUGGAGCAGCAGAUCCAGCACCAUGGACUGAGUCUCGACCAUAUCUCAAGUUCCGUGAGCAACCUACACGACACCAUGUCGGAGCUCAAAGGUGCAUUCACAGCGCUCCGUAUCGAACUGAACGGCCCCGGUCGGUUCUCCGAUCUAGGAAACACCAUGAACAACGACUUCAACAUGAUCACAACAGUCUUGAAGGAGCUGAAAUCCAAAUCAGAAGAGAUCGAAAAGCUAAAAUUAGAAAUCGAGGCCUUGAAACUCAAAAACCGCUACAUGGAAGAGCAGAACACAAGACAGCAGCAGCUACCCUCGACCCUAGCGGUACCCGCCCCACUCCCAGAAGUCCGCAGCCCGGGAUUGCUCCAAGCUGGCAGGAAGCGGCCAUGGCCGGACUCCUGGCCCAGCGGCCGCACACAACCGAUCGCCGACUCUUUCGACGACGGCGACGAGGAAGACAGCAUCGACUUCUUCCUGGAAGACUCACAUAUGCCCCCGGUCAAGAUCCCGUUAAAGGCCCCGAGACCAACGCAGUGA